CUUCAUGUUUGUGCGGAACUGGCAGUUGCCGUGGAAGAAAUUGCUUUUUGAUUUGCUUCAGAAUGAAUUCAGGAGGCGAACUUGCCCGUUGCGCAGUGUGCAGUACUGAAACACAGAAAAGAUGUUCUCGGUGUCUCAAAAUCUACUAUUGCAGCAAGGAACAUCAACGUGAGGACUGGAAAAGACACGCGAGUGAAUGCAUACAAAAGUUAGCAAAACAGACGUCGAAAAAAGGUUCGAAAGCUUCUGCUGCUGCCCACCCAGUAGACGAACCCCAGAGGAAAGUCGAAGAAACAGUGGAGACCUCACAACAAAACAGCCAGAACAAUGUGUUAAAUGAGGGUAGUGAUAAUCUUUGUAAACAAACUUCACAUACCAACAAUGAGAACACAAGUGAAAAUGUAGCAAAUUGCACAGUUGAUCAUGUAGUUGGCCCAUCGAAUUCCAAAGGAAAUAGUGUGAUAUCUAGUGUAGUGUGUACUAACAAGGACACAACAAAGCUAAGUGCCAUAACUUAUGAGGGCUCGUCCGAGACGGAGAUAUACAAUGACACGGCCCAACAGCUGAGCACAGCGGACUUCAUGAGCCCCGCUGGCAACGCCGCCAAUGUACUCAAAUCUGUAAAUAGGUCUAAUAAGGCAGAAAUGUCGAAAGUUGGCCACAGGGAUUACCCUGAAGCGUCCCUUAAAGGCACCGCGGUGAUGAACAAUUGUUAUUUAGACAAUAAUGACCCCUACCAUGAGAUAUGUUUGCGAGUCAUUCGCGACAUGACAACGUAUGGAGUGUGUGUUUUGGACAAUUUCUUAGGCAGAGAUAAAGGACUAUUAGUGAGAAAUGAAGUGUUGGAAAUGUAUAGAUCUGGAAUAUUCACAGCAGGCCAGCUGGUGUCGGACCCGGGCGGCACGGGGGCGCAGUCCAUACGCAGCGACCGCAUCACCUGGAUGACCGGCCGGGAGCCACACUGCCACAAUAUAGGAACUUUAAUUAAUCAGGUCGAUAGCAUAGUAAUACGAGCCAACAAGAUGCCCGACAAUGGAAGGAUGGGGGACUACAUAAUAAAUACCAGAACUAAGGCGAUGGUGGCUUGCUACCCCGGCUCCGGCAGUAAUUACGUGAAGCACGUGGACAACCCGAACAAAGAUGGCCGCUGCAUCACCGCCAUCUACUACCUCAACCUCGACUGGGACGUGAGGAGGUGCGGCGGGCUGCUCAGGGUAUUCCCCGAGGGCACGGACAAGGUGGCCAACAUCGAGCCGAUCUUCGACCGGAUGCUGUUCUUCUGGUCCGACCGCCGCAACCCGCACGAGGUGCAGCCCGCCUUCGACACUAGGUACGCCAUCACACUGUGGUACUUCGACGCGCAAGAACGGGAGGAGGCCAUCCGGUUAUACCAAACCCGCGGCAGUCAACCGUCAAGCAGCAAGUGAUGUUGGGACCCCCCGCGCCUCCCCGCCUGCCCAUCAUGAUGACCUAGUGGAGAUGGGGACUAGUGGAAAUCGCUUUAGUCCAUAAGUCUAGGUAAAUUACGUAACGUCCUAAAAGCUUAGAUAAAAUAUUGCAACGCAGAAACAUUGAUAAAAAACGUAUUCAGAAAAUAUAGAUGGCGUCACUGUCAUAAAACUGGGCCACAUAAAUAUAUAUCGUAAUGGUGAAGACUCAAAUUUGUCGCUAGAUGGCGCUAUAACCAACUUGAUAUUUGCGUUAUAAUAUUUUAUCUAUGGUGGGUGAGACUUGGGGCAAUUCUAUUAUAUUCUAGGGGAUACACCUAAGAUCCAUGUUGCAAUGGUACGACUUGUUGUUGCGAUGCAACUCAGGUACAUCAGCUUAUCUUUAUCCCGAUCGUCCCACGGAGCGAAAGGGGAAAGUUAAAAGUGUCAAAUCCUAUAGUCACCAAGUCUCACCCUGUAGAGACAACAAGUUGAAUUAUGAUAGCGUCUUCAUUGUAAAAGCCUACUUUAUACUGUCACAGCAGCGACAGAUAAAUACCAAGUCAUAAAAUAAGUAUCUAAUUAGAUAUAUUUUAUAUUAAAAUUAAUAUACUUAAUGUUUUAUUGCAGUCCUAAAGUAUUAUUUAAGUGUUAACAAAUUACGAAUGAGUUAAGAGUAUUUUUCGCUGGGUAUUUUUUAACAACACAAUUUGUUAUUUAUUCACCUAUCUAUUUCUGUUUUUCUACCUUUUCAUGAAUAUAUUGAUUUUUUAUGUUAUAACUACUUAAUUUUUCUAACACCCAGCGGAGAUGACUGUGUGAACGUAUUUACCGUUAAUCUAAUUAAUAUGCGCCUCAAAUAAAACAUAUUGUGAACCGACUUCAUAAAAAGGAGGAGGUUCUCAAUUCGUCGGGAUCUUGUUUUGGUAAUUUAAAACAAACACCGGCAAUAAAUAACCCUAUAUCUCUGUGUUUUUCGGACUUUAUCUGUAAGUAAAUAUAAAGUAACGGAGAGCUCUGUCUGUGUCCCGUGUGUCGUAGUGUGUGUCGGGAACUCCGGAAGGGUUCACCAGAGAGAAUUGUUUUUCGAUUUUGCUCCGGUCGUCUGCGUAGGUCUAAAAAACUGCACAGUAUCCCCACUAUAUACAUGUUCCCGUAUACCUACGUAGGCAUACCUGCACUGGCAGACCUCUCCGGUAGACUGGAGUGUAUAAGGUCACCAUAAUAGGCAGAGGGAUAAUCAACCAAACAAUGGAAAUUUUGCAUGAGAGAUUUCAUCAUGUCUUUUGAAAUAAAAUUGUGACGGACAAAUCGAUGUGUGAAAAUUGUAUACGUAAUUAAACCAGAAACCGUUUUUUAUAGCUUUUCAUAGGACGGUUUAAUGAGCGCCCUCUGACGGUAGAUAAAAGUAAAAUAUGGCGGCUAGCCAUAGAAUAGAUCACAUUUCUCUUUUUAUAUUAAAAGAAAUAAUUUUAUUUAUUGUCGAAUUAUUCUAUAAACUUAGGUGUUUACCUAAACCAGUUAGGUAAGUACUCUGAUCGUUAAAAUAUGUCUAUAAUAUCUCGUGUGAUUGCGUAAAAUGUAUUUAUUUACCUUUAAUUUAUAGGUAUACUUAUUGAAAUGUUGUCCAGAUAUAUUUAAAACAUUAAUUUUAUUUAUUGAGAUGACAUGUUGGCGAUAUAAAUUAACUGACUGUUUAAAAGUAGUAAAUUACACAGCCGGUGUGACCAGCCCUAACACAUUCAAAGAAGUAUUCUUUGUUUAUUUCAUUUUAAAUUAAAUAAACAUUACUUUAUGUAUCUCAACCACCAGUAGAUUAGAUGUCCGUGAAAGUGAGUUAGGUAGGUACUAGACGGUGUUACAAGAUUAAAUCCUAAUCUACCUAAUGAAUAUACGUACUCUAUUUUCUUCUUAUCAGUUAUUACACCGAUAUUGAUUUUUAUUGAUACAUUUCUAGAAUAAUUUAGUGUGCAAUAAUCUGUUAAGGCUGUCACUCCCAAUCAACUGCGGAACUAGCAUUGAAUAACUUCUAUAGUGGGUCAGUUAAAUUAUGUUCCUAGUAGUAGCUUAAUUUACCUAGAUUAUUUUAGGACAAUACUCGACUGGUAUUAAAUUUUGUUAAAUUCUCAUGAA